AUGAACUUUGAGGACGUGGCCAUUCACUUCUCCCGGGAAGAGUGGGGGCUCCUUGAUGAGGCUCAGAGACUCCUGUUCUGCGAUGUGAUGCUGGAGAACUUUGCUCUUGUAGCAUUCCUGGGUUGUUGGCAUGGAACAGAAGAUGAGGAGGCCCCUUCUGAGUGGAGUGUACCUGUAGAAGGAGAGUCACUGGUCAGGGUUUCUAAGGCAGGUCCAUCUGCCCAGAAGAGCCACUCCUGUGAGAUCUGUAUCCUAGUCUUGAAAGAUAUUUUGCACCAAGCUGAGCACCAAACAGUAUACUCUUUGCGGAAACCAUACUUGGAUCACACAUGUUUGAGAUGUUUGUGGUUCCAUGCAAACCUUCACCAGCAACAGAGGCAGUGCAGUGGAGAAAAGCCCUGGAAAAGAGAUGUGCAUAGGGCCUCAUUUGUGACGAGCUGCAGCUUCUGUAUGUCAGGGGAGCCUUUCACUUGUAGGGAGGUUGGAGUGGACUUCCUGGCCACAUCUGGCCUUCUCCCACACCAAGCCACUCCCAACAGUGAGGAGCCACACAGUGAGUGUGGGCAGGCCUUUCCCCAUGGAAAAAGUCAUUACAAGUGGGGUGAACGUGAAGACUCUCAGAGCCAGAACCACACACUUGUUCAACAUCGGAGUGUCUGCUCUGGAGAAGAGCUUUAUGAGUGUGGCAAAUGUGGGAAAGCCUUCAGCUGCAACUACAGAUUUGUUCAGCACCAGGAAGUUCACACUGGACAAAGUCCAUGUGACUAUGGUGCAUGUGGAAAAUUCUUGAGCAAAACCUCUGACUGUAUUAAACAUCGGAGAAUUUGCAUUGGGGAGAGGACUUAUAAAUGCAGUGAAUGUGGAAAAGUCUUUAUCCACAAAUCCAAACUCAUUCACCACAAGAGACAGCACAGUGAAGGAAAGCAUUAUGAAUGUGGCGAAUGUGGGAAAUCCUUUAGAUACAAAUCCAGCCUCAUUGAACACUGGAGAGUUCACACUGGAGAAAGACCUUAUGAUUGCACUGAAUGUGGGAAAUCCUUUAUCUACAGAUCCCACCUCAUUGACCACCGGAGAAUUCACACUGGAGAAAGACCUUAUGAGUGCAGUGAAUGUGGAAAGUCCUUUAGAGACCGCUCUAGCCUUUUCCGACACCGGAGUGUGCACACUGGAAAAAGGCCUUAUGACUGCAAUGAAUGUGGGAAAUCCUUUACCCGUAAAUUGUACCUCAUUCAACACCAGAGAAUGCAUACUGGUACAAGUCCUUAUGAGUGUAGUGAAUGUAGGAAAUCUUUUACCUCCAAAUUCUCCCUCAUUGAACACGAGAGAAUUCACACUGGAGAAAGACCUUAUGAAUGCAGUGAAUGUGGGGAGUCCUUUAGACAAAACUCGAGCCUUUUCCAACACCAGAGCAUCCACAAUGGAGAAAGACCCUAUGACUGCACUGAAUGUCGGAAAUCCUUUACCCGCAAAUUGUACCUCAUUCGACACCUGAGAAUGCAUACAGGUACAAGUCCUUAUGAGUGCAGUGAAUGCGGGAAAUCUUUUAGCUCCAAAUACUCCCUCAUUGAACACCAGAGAGUUCACACUGGAGAAAGACCUUAUAAAUGCAGUGUAUGUGGGAAGUCCUUUAGUCGACGCUUCACCCUUAUUCAACACCAGAGUGUUCAUUCUGGAGAAAAGCCUUAUGAGUGUGGGGAAUGUGGGAAAUCCUUUAAACAAAGUUCUGUCCUUUUGCAACACCAGAGAAUUCACACUGGAAAAAGACCUUAUGAGUGCACUGAAUGCGGAAAAUCCUUUAUCCGCAAAUGUGAUCUCAUUCAACACCAUAGAAUUCAUACUGGCUCAAGACCUUAUAAAUGCAGUGAAUGUGGGAAAUCUUUUAGACAAUACUCUGGUCUUUUUCAACACCGGAAAGUUCACUCUGGAGAAAAGCCUUUAUGA